AUGGAUGGAGCAAGAAAUGAAGAGGGUCUCACUCAUCAACGAGAUCUCGGGCAACGUGGGCGGCUUCCUGAGGCGGCCGCCCUCGCCCUCGAGCCAUCUCCGAGGUGCCCGCGGUGCGACUCCACCAACACCAAGUUUUGUUACUACAACAACUAUAGCCUCUCUCAACCAAGAUACUAUUGCAAAUCUUGCCGGAGGUAUUGGACUCAUGGCGGAACCCUAAGGAACGUCCCCAUCGGCGGCGGCAGCCGGAAAAGCAAGCGGCCGAGGAUUUCAUCCCCCUCUUCGCCUCCGCCUCUUCCAAGGCCAAGAGCCGUGGCGCCAUCCGCCGCAGCGAAUCCGACAGCUGUCGUCACGCGGCCGGUGGCGCCGCCGAUGGUCGGCGGAUUCUACGGCGGUGGCUGGUUUUUGCCUUCCUUGGCUGCAAUGCAGUCCGUUGGGAUCAAUCAAGGGGCGCCGGCGAUGGGCGGAGGAAGUCGUUUCGGUUCGAAUAUGGCCCUUUUGCAAGGGAUGAUGAGUUCUCCGGCGGCGGCGCGUCUACGCUCUCCGCCGCAGCAAAACUUAAUUCAGCCGGGGAGUUUUAGUUCUUGGACUCCAAGCGUGAGCAACGUCGGCGCUACCAGCUCUUCGGCUGCAUCCGCGGCCGGAAUCUGGAGCAGCGGCGGUGGCGGUGGCGGUAGUCAAUGGUCCGACUGUAAUCGAUCCGGGGUUUGA